CUCUCACCUAAACUCCCUCCGACUCAAUCUUGCCCGCACACGGCUGGUGGCGCCAAUCUCAACUUCGAUCUCGGUUCCGAUACCAUGGAACCCCACGCUCCGCUUUCCGACCUUCAUGCCGCAGCUUCUUACGUCUCUGAAAAGUUGAGGGCGUAUAUAUGUGAAGAAGCUGGGUUUGGGUAUGGGGUGGGGAUCCCGCAUGCCUUUGCGGGGAGUUGGGAAGUAAGGGCUUUGAGUGAGGGAUUGGGCGGUGCGGCUGGGGAGGGUUUCGAGGAGAUCAUCUGCCUUACCCCAGCCUCGAACCGACAUCUUCGACAAGCCUUUCACGCUCAACCUCAUCACUGUCUCUCUCCCCUAAGCCCGACCUCUGCCUCAAUCUCGACCCUUUCCAGCGAGUCCCACCCUUUAGCCUCUCCUACCGAGCCCACCUACUUCUCUUCGCCGCCUUUCGAACAUUCACCAGGGUUCAACACGGGCUACGGGUAUGGAUACGGAUAUACGGGCAACGGGUACUCGACCAGCGGGUCGGACGAAGAAGGCAAGAGCGUCGAGUUACAUUGUCAUCCGAAGAGCGGGGUGCCUAUGACCGUUAUCGUCGAUCUGGGGGCGGAGAGCGUCUCCGGCAAGAAGGUCCGGAUCGAUAUGUUACAAGCGGGAGAGUACGGUCCUCGCAAGCUCUACGCACCGACCUCGGCGGGUAACGCUCCGUUGUGGGAGAUCAUGGACCUUCCCUUUCUCUCGCCGACCGAGUUUGUCCGUGCGAAACUUCGGUGCAACCGUGAAUACUGGGACCUUGGGGAUAUCUCCUGGAUGGCAAGUCUCGCCUCCUCGCUUCUUAUGAUCAACUAUUCGGAACACCUCGACUUGAACAGGUUGUCUAUCGACGAGGUGGAAGAGUUUGUUCAUGUCCAGCAGGACGAACAGACUUGCGAAGUCUGGGCUAGAUUGAAGGAGACGUGGGGGGUUUAA